AUGCUCUUUUAUUUUCAAUUGCAGUUAAGACUGCCGUUAUUUGAUGUUUCUAGCGAUGAUAAUUAUGCUUGUCUUCGCCCCCUGGCGUAUUCUGAACCUGAUGUUGUACUAAUAUGUUUUAAUGUUGAUUGUCCAACAUCAACUGCGAAUAUUAUUACACAAUGGAAUCCAGAAAUACGUCAGUAUUGUGUUUCAUGUCCUAUCGUGUUAGUAGCUUGUAAAAUUGACUUAAGAGCAGAUCCUCAAACUAGCGCAGUAUUGAAAGCAAAAGGUCAAAAGCAACUGUCAGGUGAAGAUCGAAAUCAGAUUGCAGUAGAGAUUAAAGUCAAUGCUUAUAUGGAGUGUUCAGCAAAAACUCGUCAAGGUGUACAAGAAUUACUUGCGCAUGCUGCUCGUUUAUCUCUAAUGCAAACAACGAAUCCUACAUCAAAUCGAAUGUGUUUUACAUUGAAAAAAUUUAACUUCUGUUUAUCAGUGUCGCUUCUUAAGAUGUUUUUUUACAGGAAUGAAAGUUUUUAUAGUAGCUAUAUGAGUAAGAGGCUAUAG